CGGGGAGGGCGGCGGCCCGAGCGGCCGCGCGGCGCAAGCGAGCCCGGGGAUGCGCGGCCUAGUGCAGGCCGGGCUCGGGCGUGGGGGAGGCGGGCGGGCGGACCCAGAUCCGGGGUAAUUUGCAUCGCCCUCCCCCCAGCCCGGGUGGGGAUUGGCCGCCGGCGGCGGGGGGUGGCGCGGGGCCAGGCUCACUGCCGCCUCCCGGCCCCUCGGAGGGAGCCAGCCCAGCCGCAGCCGCCGCCACCGCCGCCGCCGGGGCCGGGCCCCCUCGCCGCUGCCCCGGGAAGGAGGUCUCGGCGCGGAAGAUGGCCGGCGGCGUGGACGGCCCCAUUGGGAUCCCGUUCCCUGACCACAGCAGCGACAUCCUGAGUGGACUCAACGAGCAGCGGACGCAGGGCCUGCUGUGCGACGUGGUGAUCCUCGUGGAGGGCCGGGAGUUCCCCACGCACCGCUCGGUGCUGGCGGCCUGCAGCCAGUACUUCAAGAAGCUGUUCACGUCGGGCGCCGUGGUGGACCAGCAGAACGUGUACGAGAUCGACUUCGUCAGCGCCGAGGCGCUCACGGCCCUCAUGGACUUCGCCUACACGGCCACGCUCACCGUCAGCACGGCCAACGUGGGCGACAUCCUCAGUGCUGCCCGCCUGCUCGAGAUCCCCGCCGUGAGCCACGUCUGCGCCGACCUCCUCGACCGGCAGAUCCUGGCGGCCGACGCGGGCGCCGACACCGGGCAGCUGGACCUCGUCGAUCAGACCGACCAGCGGAACCUGCUCCGGGCCAAGGAGUACCUCGAGUUCUUCCAGAGCAACCCCAUGAACAGCCUGCCCCCCGCCGCUGCCGCCGCCGCCGCCGCCUUCCCCUGGUCUGCCUUUGGCGCGUCCGACGAUGACCUGGAUGCCACCAAGGAGGCCGUGGCCGCGGCUGUGGCCGCCGUGGCCGCUGGCGACUGCAACGGCUUGGACUUCUACGGGCCGGGGCCGCCGGGCGAUCGGCCCUCGGCUGGGGACGGGGAUGAGGGCGACAGCAACCCAGGUCUGUGGCCCGAGCGCGACGAGGAUGCCCCCACCGGGGGCCUCUUCCCCCCCCCCGUGGCCCCGCCGGCCACCGCUACGCAGAAUGGCCACUACGGCCGGGGUGGGGAGGAGGAGGCGGCCUCGCUGUCCGAGGCAGCCCCCGAGCCCGGCGACUCUCCGGGCUUCCUGUCGGGUGCGGCCGAGGACGGGGACGGGGACGGGCCCGAAGCCGACGGGCUGGCGGCCAGCACGCUGCUGCAGCAGAUGAUGUCAUCGGUGGGCCGGGCGGGGGCGGCGGCGGCGGGGGACAGUGACGACGAGUCGCGGGCGGACGACAAGGGCGUUGUGGACUACUACCUGAAGUACUUCAGCAGCGCCCACGACGGGGAUGUUUACCCAGCCUGGUCGCAGAAGGUGGAAAAGAAGAUCCGGGCCAAGGCCUUCCAGAAGUGCCCCAUCUGCGAGAAGGUCAUCCAGGGCGCCGGCAAGCUGCCCCGGCACAUCCGGACCCACACCGGGGAGAAGCCCUACGAGUGCAACAUCUGCAAGGUCCGCUUCACCAGGCAGGACAAGCUCAAGGUGCACAUGAGGAAGCACACGGGCGAGAAGCCGUACCUGUGCCAGCAGUGCGGGGCGGCCUUCGCCCACAACUACGACCUGAAGAACCACAUGCGUGUGCACACGGGCCUGCGUCCCUACCAGUGUGACAGCUGCUGCAAGACCUUCGUCCGCUCCGACCACCUGCACAGACACCUCAAGAAGGACGGCUGCAACGGCGUCCCCUCGCGCCGCGGCCGCAAGCCCCGCGUCCGGGGCGGGGGGCUCGGGGGGCCCGACCCCUCCCCGGGGGCCGCCGCGCCGCCCGGCGCCCCAGCCCCGCCCGGCUCCCCUGACGCCCGGCGCAACGGCCAGGAGAAGCACUUUAAGGACGAGGAGGAGGACGAGGAGGCGGCCAGCCCCGACGGCCUGAGCAGGUUGAAUGUAGCGGGUGCCGGCGCAGGGGGGGCCGACGGGGGCACCGGGCCCACCGCCGACGGCAGCUUUGCGGCCGGACUUGCCUGAAAACCAAAAAGAGAAAACAGAAACCCGAGAGAGAGAGAGAGAGAGACAGAGAGAGAGAGAGAGAGAGAGAGAGAGAAAGAGAAAAUCACCCACCACCCCCCCAAAAAACACAAAAAAAGAAAAUCUAUCUAUAUACAGAUAUCUAUAUCUAUAUAUAUAUAUACAGAUAUAUAUAUAUGAAACGUCACAGAAUCUAGGGUAGUGCUUUUCUCAGAUUUUUCUCCUUCAUGAUGAUCUCUCCCUCCACGGGGACCCUCGCCCCCGCUCCGGCUCCCCAUCCCCCCACCCCGUCGAUGGGUUUCGGGGCUCACUUUGGGGUUUUUGUGGGACACAGAUGCGGAGGCCCCCAGACGUCCCCCGGCACGGAGUCUGGGGUCCCAUCUGAGGCCUGGUCAGGGCCCCAGGCCCCAGGUGGAGGUGAGGGUGGCCGUGGGGGGCUGGGGACGGGGGGGUGGGUGUGGGCUUUUGUUUUCCUCCCCUCACUGGUUUCUACGAGUCUUUCAGACAGGACCUUAAACGCUCUCUGUCCGCUGUGAGUGGACGUUAAAAUGUACCCCGUCCCCACCCCCCACCCUCCUUCCUCAGGGCACUUACUAAGUGGGGGUCUCCCCGCCUCCCGUUCCUGCCUGUGGUCCUCUGUGUCUCCUGGCCGCUGUGACACAAAUCUAUUUAUUUCCAGGCCUGGAGAGAGGGGAGCCCUGGGGGGUGGGGGGGGGGCGGCGGGGGCACCAGGGCGGCUCCCAGGGGCUCCUGCUGCCUCCCUUCUCGGCACUUACACCCCGGCGGACCCCCACCCCCACCCCCACCCCGGACCUCCGCUCAGGGCGCCCCCCCACCUGCGCUCCCUGACCAGGCCGCCCAGACCCCACGAGACGACGUUUGGAGAUUCGAGACUUUUUUGUCUUCACCCUCCCUGCUCCUGCCCAAGUUUUUAAAGCACUUUUUAGAUUUUUUUUUUUCUUUUCCUCCUUAAAAACAAAAUUUAUAUAUAGAUAUAUAUAGAUAUAUAUAUAAAAUAUACUUUCCUCAGAGGAGCUGACAACAGUGUGGGGCAGAGCAGCCCAGAGCAGAGGGAGCCCAGGGUCUCGUGGUGGCAGGGAAGAGGGAGAGAGUCCAGAAGUUCCAGUGUCACAAAAGCAAUAAAAACAAGAUUUUACAAAACGAAAGGAAAAACAAAAAAAACAAAAAAACAAAAACAAAAAAAAAACCAAAAAAACUUAAAAAAAAAAAAAAGACAACCAACCACAAAUAGAAGUCUCGGCACUUUGUAACAGAACGGGUACUACACUUUAUCUUAAUUCUUAAUUUAAAAACAUGUUUACAAGUCGCAACCAACUUCUAUGAAAAGUCGAAAAGACAAAAAAAAAUAAAAAAUAAAAAACAGAGAGAGAGCGAGCGAGCGAGAGAGAGCGAGAGAGCAAAAAGAAAAUUCCUAAAAGUCCAUUUAUUUUUGUACAAAAUAAUAAAAAAAAAAACCCACCACAGAUGCAGAAUCCACUUCUGUUCCCCGAGGUGAGGAGGGGUCAGGAAGGCACGGGCCGGGGCUGAGGCCGUUCGUGCUUCGCCACGGGGCCUGUGCUGCAGGCAGGACCGUGGGGUUUUUGUGUUUCUGCCGUGUCCCCCACCCCCCUUCUGUCCCUUUUUGGUUCUGAUUUGGAGAUGUCUCGUCACCCACCAGCCAUACGAUGGCCGACCCGUGUCCGCGGGGACCGUCCUUCCUGACGCCCCCAGCUCAGGGAUGGGCCCGAGAGAGGGCUGGCCUUCCGACCAGCCAGAGCAGCCCAGCCCCCCUCCUCCCCCACCGGCCCCUGCCCUCGCCCCUCGCCCACUUCGGGGCUCCCCGCCCUCCAGCAUGGCCGCCCUUCCUUGUGGCCACCAAGGAGCUGCCAUCUUGGACAUGCCAUCCCCGUCGAGGUGGGUGACGGGGCCCCACCUCCAGGGCCUUACAUCCCCCCCCCCAGGCACCCCUCUUUUUAUUCAAAGGCACUGACUGUAAUCUGGGGGCUGGCACCUGCCUCCCCCCAGCCCCUGGCACCCCAAAGGCCCGGUACCAACCGAGCCACAGGCCACGGACAGGGGCCAGGGCUGGGGAGACCGUGUUGCCAGAGGCCAGGGCACCCUCACCCCAACGCCCUCUCGCAUAUGCAAUGCCUAGCGUGGGACCCUGUAAAUAGACGCUCUGCCCAGCCGAGACCCUUCCCCAUCGAAGCCCAAGGUGAGGGGCCCCUGCUCCCCCCAGCUGCUGGCCCGUCUCCCCAGGCCCCUUGGCUCUGUGACACAGACCCCCGUCUUCUUUUUCUUUCUUUCUUUCUUUUUUUUUUUAAAGGGAAGCGCUUUAAGAAGGCAACUUUCAUCAUCGUUUCUACAGGAUGGUUUUCGUGUCUCCUCCCCCCCCCCCCGAGCCCAUAAACCCCCCCAAAAUGUCUCAGGACUGCCCCCCCCCCCGAGGGGGUGGCAUGGAGCCCAGGGUGGCCUCGCUCACACCCCGUGUCACGGAGUGAGCUCUUUUGGAGAACCAUCUGUGGAGGCCAAGCAGAGAGCUUGAGCACCCAGGCCAGGGACCCCCCCCCCCCCGCCCCAGCCGAGAGGUUCCCUGAGGGAACAGCCCUCUCCCCCUCACCCUACCCGUAUACCCCCUUGCAAUAAAACCAACUGAAAAAUCAGCUGUCGUCCUGGCCAGUGGGGGCGACUGGACUUGGGGGAUCAAGGCCUCUGGGACUAUGGCGGGGGGGGGGGGGGCAAGGGCUGAACCCCCGCCGAGCACACUUUUAACAAACUUCCUUGGGAAUUGCACUAAACCCCUGCCCCUAGCUCUGAGCUCAGCUUCUGACAGCCCUGCCCACCCACUCCGCCUUAACCCUCUCUUGCUGUCCGCCAGCCCGUCCUAGGGGCCGCAGGGUCUGCAUGGGCCCAGCGCCGGGACCCCAGCCGCCCCCAACUCUGCGCAAUCACAUACUGUAUAUAGACGUGGAUCGAUUUUAUUUUUAUUCUUUAAAUUAAGGUCGUGAUAAAGUGUUGCCAAAGAUACUGCUGAAUUCUCGCGUUUCAGGAAACAAACAAAAAAAAAUUUGAGGGGGAACGUGCUGACUGGUCAGAAGGGACACAGCAAAACGUUUUUUUGUUUGGUUGUUUGGGGUUUUUUUUGUGUUUUCUUUUUUUGGGGUGUUUUUUUUUUUUUUUUUAACUGCCUGGUACAAAAAAAAAAAAAAAAAAAGAAAGAAAAGAAAAAGCGAAAUUGUUAUUUCCAUCAUCUUGGUGAAGUUGUGUGGCUGUGUGUUGUGCGCGUGUGUGUAAGAAUGAGGUCCCGGCCUGGGGCUCUGGGUGGGGGGCGCUCCGGGGGACGCUCGGGGUGGGGGAGCCGGAGCCCCCCACCCCCAGCCGUCCACCAGCCUGUGGGACCUGGAGAGAGAGGUUAACACCCUUGCUACUGCUCCCUGCCUAGACCCCCACCCCAACCCUGACCCUGCCUUUUGAGAUUAAGAGAAAAAAAAAAAAAAAAAAGGCAAAAAAAAAAAAAAAGAAAAAAAACUUAAAACCCAGUGAAUGUAAAGUGCCGGAGCAGGCCCAGCCGGGCUCAGCAGGCCGUACCAAAGUCUGCCCCGUUGGGUGGCUUGCCCAGGAGAACCCAUGUGGCCAUCUCAUCCCGUUCCGUUUGUACAUGGCUGUCCCUUGGCUUCCUUCCAGGGGGGAGGGGGGUCUUAGGGGGGAGGGGAGAGACGCCAGUCCCUUCCAGGGCCCUCUGGGGCAUCUCUGCACUACUGAGACCCAGUAAUGGUGGUGGGAGUGCGGGGUCGGGGGGGGGGGGGGUACCGCGGCGGAUGUGUGGCACAGGGUGGCACUGAGGCAGGGGCUGGGGCCCGGGGAGCACCCCCACCCACCCACCCACCCACCCCAGGACCGAGGCAGUCCAGGCAGCCGGGAUGGUAGGAGGCCAGACAGAGCGAAAGGCAAAGCAGGACAAAAAAAUUUAAAACCAACAAAAAAAGCAAAAAUCCUAUUUUUUGAGAAAGAAAGAUAUUUAUAUUUGCAGUUUUAUUUUAAAAAGUUAUUUAAGCUGAGGAAGCAGCCUUCCUGGAGGGGCGGCUGGCGCAGGACGGGUCAGGGCCUGGGGGUUCAGGGGCCCCCGGGAGCCAUAACCUCAGAGUUCAGACUAGCUCGCACUAAGUCCAUAGAUUUACAUGGGGGGUGGGCGGGCAGGGCCAGCAGAUGGAGGGGGCCGGGGAGGCCCCUGUCCUGGAGUCGGAGCUGCCUGGAGGCCACGGCCAGGGGUCCGGAUACCCCGGUUCCCCCCUGCCCCUCCCAGGCCCAGAUACAAGGUGCCUUGGACUUUGGGGGGCCGGGGCUGGUGAAUGGGGGGCAGGGCAGCGCCCGGGGACACAGAGCACAGAGCAGACAUUCCAUAGACUGUAUCUGAGAGUCUUUAUAAAGUGUGGGAGAUUUAAAAAAAAAAAUCAAUUGAUAAAAAUGCACUUUUUGGGGGUGGGGGGGGAGAAGCUUUAAAAGUAAUAAAAAAACAAAAACAAAAAGACAAAAGAUGAAAAACCAGACAAAAAAAAGUCAUUUUUCUUGUACAUAAAAAAACCACUAAACGCAGCCUGUUACGAAAGCUGCCGCCUCAUUUGCCUGA